CAAAACCGCUGUUAGAGCUCACUACUGACUGACCACUGCACCGGACACUAGGGAGGAUGGGGCGAACACCGCUGCUUACCUUCAGCGCUUUACUGACCCUGCUGCAGAUCCCUUACAGCAUCUCACUAACUGUGAUGACCAGCAAGCCCAAAGUGGAGGUUCAUGAGAAUACAAAUGCGGUCCUCUCCUGUGAAUUUCGCACAGAAAAGGAAACCAACCCUCGAAUUGAAUGGAAGAAGAAAGGAAAGGAUGUCUCCUAUGUUUAUUUUGAUGGUGAAUUUACAGGUUCAUUUAAAGGUCGGGCUUCAAUUGACGGGGCGACAGUGACUCUGCGUGGUGUUACCCAGAAAGACUCUGGGGUCUAUCACUGCGAGGUCACUGCACGACAUGACAAGAUACAUCUGGGGGAGGUCACCGUCUCUCUCAGUGUGCUUGUGCCCCCCCAUGCUCCAGAUUGCCAGGUCCCUGAGACUGUGAUGAGUGGCUCAGCGGUGGAGCUGCACUGCAAAGACAAGCUGAGUGUUCCUCCUGCUACUUACAGCUGGUACAAAGACAACAAGCCCCUCAGCACAGCCCACCUGCCAGACAUCAACUACAGCCUAGACCCCAAAACAGGCACUCUGAAAUUCAAGAGUGUGUCGAAGUCUGACGCAGGGCAGUAUCGCUGUGAGGCUUCAAACGCAAUCGGGGCACCAAAGAGCUGUGCAGGCCAACAUAUGAAGAUCACUGAGUUUGAGCUGAAUCUAACAUUAAUCAUAGCAGCGGGAGUCGGUGCUGGCCUUUUUCUGCUUUCCUGCUGUCUGGCCAUUUGCCUGUGCUGUCGACGAGGUUGUUGCUGCUGCUGUCGAAAGGAAAAGAAAAAAAGACCACAAAAAAGGAAUAUGACUAAACACAGAGCCCCAACAGAUCCAAGGCACUACAGGCACACACAGUCCUUCAUGAUCUGAAGAUGCUUCUUAUGGACAGCAGCACAAUUCCUGUACACAGUGGAUGGAAGAUGGAGCACCACACCACUAACCCUCAUAACUUCUGUCUGUUCUUUAGUCUGGGGACUAAAGAAGCAUCCAAAACAGUCAGAAAACACUAAUUUUAAUGAGCAAUAUAAAAACCUCAAAUGAAUAAAAACACAGAAAAACUACAGACUUCAGCGUCAAGAGCAACCACAUGAAAACUGAUACUGCAGCUCCCCCUAGUGGUAAAGAUUAAACACAGCAAAGUUACUAGUUACUGUAUCAGAAACACCACAUAUCUAUUUACAUCUUUAUGUGUAUAUAUAUUUGUAAUAACUGCACUGAUUUGUAUUAUCCUGUAUUAUCUUCUAAAAGUGAGCUAAAAAAUCAUCAGUAUGUUUUGUGUGUUUAGAAAUGGAAAACGUGAUGGUUGAGAGAGAGAGGGGAGGGAUGUUCAUUAAAACAGCUCAAAAUACACCAACACUGACAGCUUUUCAUCAUUUUAAUAAAAACAAACAAAUG